AUGAUUAUAGAGAAUGCUUUGUACUGCAAAGAAAUACAACAUUAAAAGAAACCACUUAUCGCUAUUUGUUUAAAUAAAGAAUGUUAAGCAGCUUCUGGUUUGUGUAUUAGUUGUUUUCCAGCUCAUGCAAAUCAUAAUGAAGAUUUAUAAACAAUAGACAAUGUAAGACAAAAACUAGAAGAAUAAAUAUAAACCAUGAAACACAACUACUCUAUUUGUGAAGAAGUUAUACAAAUGAUAAAUUUAAUAAAAAUGGAAACAACUAGAAUUAUCCAAAAUAUUUUAGGCAUCUAAAAAAUUUCCAAUCAUGAUGAUAUUACAAAAGUUAAAUUAAUGUUAAUUUACUCAAAACCUUCUAAAGAAAGUACCUCUAUUUCAAUAAAAGCAUCAACUGAAUUAAAAAAAGCCAAAGAAAUAUUAAAUGAUUUAAAAACAGCCCUUGAAUUUUCUCAAUCAAACUUGACUGAUGGAUAACAAUAAGAAUUUUAAGAGUGCUUAAAAUAAGCCAAUUAAUUUUAUGUAUAGGGCAAGUUUGAACAAGCAAGACAAUAGUUUAAUUACUGCAUAUAUCUUGAUCCGACAAAUUUAUAUAGUAAAUGGAGAAUAGGCAUGUGCUUAAAGAUGUAGGGAGUUUAUGAUUAAGCCAAUGAAAUUUUUGAUAAAAUUCUUUAAGAUAAUCCAACCUUCGUAGAUGCUCUUUGCCAUAAAGCAGAUUCUCUAAGACUCCAAGGCAAAUAUUAAGAAGCCUUGGAUUAUUUUGAUAAGACCCUUUCGUUGGAUGAAAAGAAUUUUGUUGGCUUAAGUUACAAAGGCGAAACUUUAAGGAAAAUGUAAAGAUAUGCUGACUCUUUGAUAUUUUUUGACAGGGCUUUAAUAAUUAAUCCCAAGAAUGCAAUAACUCUAUUCGGAAAAGGUGACUCAUUAAGAUGCUUAAAGAGAUAUGAUGAAUCUCUGAUUACUCUUAAUUAAGGAGAGCAAAUCGAUCCAAAUAAUGCAUUGAUCCAAUAUUCUAAAGGAUAUUGUUUAAAAGCCAAAGGACAGGUACAGGAAGCGAUAGAGUGCUUUAAGAAAUGUAUUGCUAUAAAUCCAUAAUACAAAAAUUCGGUAGAAAAAGAAUUAGAAUAAUUAAAGAAUUGAUUAAGAUAAUUA